AUGGACACUAAGAUUAUAGAGGAUUCAGAGUCUGCAGAGGACAUGACAACUGGUAAAAUGUGUGAUUAUGAACAAGUUGUGCUAGAUAGCGAGGAUGAAGAAAUGAACGAUGGACAUGUUGGCAAGGGAUUUGUUGAUGAUGAAAGUAGUCCACCAGUUAAAAUUCCUUCGACGCUCUUCCAGAAAAGGCUGCCCAAGCCACAUUGUAAGCAAGUAGAAGCAAAUGCCUCCACUUUUGGGAACUCCGCUGCUGCAAUUGUUUAUGGAGCACUUGAUGAUUAA